UGGCGAUGAAGUGAUUUAAAAACAAAAACAAAAAACCCAAACAAACCGUCGAGUCUCCCCAUCAAAACGACAACUUACAGCCCGCAGUUCCCUAAAUAGGGACGCUAUGAAAAAUAGGAGUAUUAUUACCUCGAAGCAUGUGUUGUUCACACAGGGGGUGAAAAACUCAUGGAACUGCGCAAAGCGACACAGGGGAGAAUAACAAGCCUCCAGCGGGGCUGCAAGAGAGCCAAACCGCCCAUCGCGAAUCUGAGGUUGGAUGUUAGUAAAGUUCUGCGCCCGCUGCCUGUGGAGAACAACGAUGAUGAUGAAGAUGAGCCCAUGGAGGAAGAACAAUGUUUCUCCACGGGCUUCCUCAACAACGCCAACCUCUUACCAGCGACGCUCUUCAAGGCGCCCCGGUACAGUUUGAUACGGGAGGUGGGUCGCGGGAGCUACGGCGUGGUGUACGAGGCCAUCGCCCGCAGGUCAGGCGCCCGGGUGGCCGUGAAAAAGCUCCGCUGCGACGCGCCCGAGAAAGUCGAACUGGCGCUGGCGGAGUUCUGGGCCCUGGCGAGCCUGGUGAAGAAACACGAAAAUGUGGUGCAACUCGAGGAAUGUGUGCUGCAAAGAAACGGAAUGGCGCAGAAAAUGAGCCACGGGAACAAGCGAUCCAAACAGUAUUUAAGAUUAGUGGAAACUUCUUUGAAAGGUGAGCGUAUCUUGGGUUACCCAGAGGCACCGUGUUAUCUUUGGUUUGUAAUGGAGUUCUGUGAUGGUGGAGACCUUAACCAGUACAUCCUCUCUCGGCGACCUGACCCACAGACCAACCGGAGUUUUAUGAUGCAGUUGACCAGCGCUGUAGCCUUCCUACAUAAGAACAACAUCGUCCACCGGGACCUAAAACCAGACAACAUUCUCAUCUCACAGAAAUCAGGGAGUCCCGUAAUCAAGGUCGCUGACUUUGGCCUCAGCAAGGUGUGCGCGGGACUGAGCUGCAUGGAGGACGAAGGCGACGACCAGGCAAACAAGAUUGUGAACGUUAACAAAUUCUGGCUUUCGUCAGCAUGCGGCUCUGACUUCUACAUGGCUCCUGAGGUUUGGGAGGGCCACUACACUGCCAAGGCGGACAUUUUUGCACUCGGGAUCAUAAUCUGGGCCAUGAUCGAAAGGAUCACGUUUAUCGACGCUGAGUCCAAGCGAGAACUCCUCGGCACGUACAUUCGUCAGGGAAACGAGAUUGUCCCAGUUGGCGAAGCCUUGUUGGAGAAUCCGAAGAUGGUCCUGCACAUCCCGCAGAAGACCCGUAGCAUCAUGUCAGAGGGCGUAAAGCGACUUCUGCUGGACAUGCUAGCAGUAAACCCACAGGACCGGCCCGACGCAUUUCAGUUGGAAGUUAGAAUGGACCAAGUGACAUAUGCGGCGUAAGCCGACCCGAUAUGCAACAUUUUUCAGGUUUGCAGAGUAUUUAAACAUGGAAUUAUAUGCCAUUGGAAAAUAAAAAGGGGGCCGCAGAUCUUGAAACUGUGAAUUUGUGUUUUCGUGAUUGCUUCCAAAUAGCGGAGUUGAAAUGAAAAGACUUCGUAGCUGUAUUACAAACCCAUCACAUGGAAAAGCUAUGCAGACAUAUUUAUAAAUGGGCUAUUUUCUACUUUGGGAUCCAAUUCAUUUGAUUACCGAAUUCACCAAAGGAACUCCACACACGGGCGUAAAACCUCUUUUCAUGCUCAAGUCUUGCCAACAAUGACUUUAUGUCCCUCUUGUUCUCUGGUGUGACCGCAUGCUGUUGUUUCGGAGUAGAUUUAAAGACACGUUGCACUAUGUACUCAAACAUAUCCUGUCUGCACCUCCGUGAAAACUACCUUCUCACCCUUUUCUCUCAAAAGGGUUUACCAGACAGUAUACAUGUGAAUAGCUAGUUGUACAGUAGAUAAUGCCGUUUUAGGAGAUAUCGGAUGUUCUGGAAUGUUCCAGAGAAGGAGAUUGUUCUAAAACUCACAACAAUGAAGGCAUACUGUGAUCUAUAUAAUGUGAAUAUUUGGGUACAUGGUGACCCUGAUGUCUGUCAUAUACAUGGCUGUUUCUGACCCAAGCAACAGCACCCUUUUUCAAAAAAACUAUCACCUUUGUGCCUUAUUUAGUUUUUUAAAAGAAAGUGGAAACAGUUGGAUGGUUUUCAUUUUUUUCAUAAUUUAGUUUGAUCUAAAAUAUCCACAUGUUUUAUUUUCGUGGUUGUGUGUUUUUCCACGUUUUAAAAGACACUGUCAGAGUUCUUGAACCAAAGCAUUUGGAAAGUCAUACGCAAGAUUUAUUAAAGUUUAAUUUGUGUUGAAUUAGUUUGACAAAAACAAAAUGAAUUAAACAACAGCAGGGCUGGACUGGGAAGAUGAAUCGGCCCGGCCCAUUCGGCACAUUUCGCAGCUGACCCACCGGCCAGCUCGGUUCUCCCGAUGGCCAGUCCUCCCAUGAUCGGCCCCAAAGUGCGUCGGCCCACUGGGAAAAUGCCCGAUAUGCCAGAUUACCAGUCCAGCCCUGACCCCGACAAUAGUUGCUGUUCAGAUGCACUUUUGUCAAAUGUAAAUUUAGAAAGUUGUUUUAUUCUUUUCAAACGGUCAGUUUUCAGACACGCAAGUUAAGAUCGAGAUCAGGUAUUAAAAAUAUUAUGACUAUUUUCUGUGGAAAUUUUGUUUAACGAGAUUUUUAUGUUAUUUUCUACGUUGACCCGAAAGUUGACGUUGUAAAUAAUGAUUUGGUAAGGGAUAAAACAAUUUUGGUGGCUGUUAAACAAUUUUAAACUAUUGUGAUAAGUUGGUUUUCAUCUAUCUGAAGAACUUUGUCCUUUUCACUCGAGACAUCAAAUAAGGCCUCAAAAUAGAUGUGACAUUCACAUUGUACUUUAUCUCACAGUCUGGAAAUUGGACGGCUUUGAAUUCUGGAAUGUCACACGGUUGACGUGGAAUGAUGCGGUCACUUCAGCAGUUGCGUUCUUCAUCUCGCGUUUGCUUUUAUGACAAUAUCGUUUAAGGUUUAGGUUAGGGAGGUCGUGCGCAUUAAAAACCUCAUCUGCUUGGGAGAAAAUGUAGCUCUCUGUUAGCGCCACCGAGUGGAAAUGUCACAUUGAGACUGCCGCGAUACGCGUAUAGAACCACGGAAAACCAUUUCGAAAAAAUGACGCCACAUUCACGUAAUUUUCACGAGUUCAGGCUGAAAAUGUCAGUCAAAACUAGUUUUCCUUCUGUUAUUUAGAAAUGACUUGUAUUCAGUGUUCUGGUUUACAUAUUCAGUGUUUCUACCUCACUUUUACAACGUAUGAUGUCACUUUUCCUUGCUAACGUGUUUUGCAUUUAGUUUAGUCUUUACAGGAAUUGCGUUUGCAUAUGUUCAGUGGCAAUUCCGUUACUAUUAGACCGACUUUGCAUUUCAGUUUUUGUAAAAAAGACAUAAUAAUAAUAUUUGUACAAGAACUUUUGUCUAGUUUAUCUUCAUUUGUUACAGUAAAACAAAGACUUAAUCGCACAUUCAGUGGUUCAAAUGCCUCCUUUCAAACUGUUUCGUAAACGUAUUACUCGUUUCUUAUCUCUUAGGGAACUGCUAGCAGUUCUUUUAAAGACACAAUCUGCAGUUCUGAGAAUAGUGAUAGUCGGACAGGAAGUUAAAAGUGCUAUAAGCAAUUUUUUCAUGGAAGGAUGUGCAAACAAUGUUCCUACUCUCUUAAAGAUAUUAAUAUAAUAGGUGUUGUGAGAUAUCUCAUCGGUCUCUGUGACAGCUGUAGACUUCGUAAACAGCGAACAGAAAUGUGUCCGCAGACAUUGGCGCAAUCAUUUUGCUCAUUCUCACAGUGGUGUAGUUGAUGCAAAUUAUUAAGGCUUACUGCCAUUUUAUGCACAAGAGAAUUAUAAUAGAGCCUGUUUAAUGUUUAAAGUUGUUUCUAUUCCACUCAUCUUUCACAAGAAUUGUGGAUUGUUCAUGUAGUGUUUCUCACCUUGAAAACACCAAAAAACCUCAUAGACUCACAGUAAUGACGUUUUUCUUGUCCCUCAGGUACUUUCUCUUCUACUGGUCCACUGUAAAAUGUUUGCAGGGUCAAACAAAUACAAUAACCUUUUUUUGUACUAAUAGCUCCGUUGUAAUACUAGCCGACAAAUAAAUGUGCACAUUCAAUGCAGGAAGCAAUAACGUGAAUGAUAACGCAAUAGUUUGUUGAUGUUUUUGAGGUUGUUCUUGAGUGGUGAGGGUUUGAGAUCGAUGUGGUUCCUAAUCAGCAGAUGUUUGCAAUUGAUGAAAUAAUCUGUAUAAAACGCAGUCGAGAAAAACAAAUGCAUGCAGUCGACACAUGAUGUCAAAAAGUGCAAAAAAGAAAGAAUAAAACUAGAGAAAGUGGUGUACGCACAUUCAGUAAUCACUACAAAUGCGGAAAGUAAACCGUUAUCUUUCUACUGAACCGUUUUUCUUUCUAUCCUUGUGGUGAUUUGGUCUUGUUUCACAGAUUAUUCAGAGUAUGGAUAUUUUAUAGUGUACAUAGGUGUCUUACUGUUGACAUUGAACUGGGUUUGAUUAUGAAUUUAUGAGCCAUUUGAUGUUUUUGCAAAGCAAUCUUUCUUAAAAGUAUGUAGCACCUUGUUUUUUUGUGAAAUAAAUGAAUAAAAACAAAGAUU